AUGCGCCUCAAUCACCUCUCCAUACCGCUGCUCGCGGUGGCUUCGACAUCGCUGGCAUAUCAAGCACAAGAGCCAUUCCAGAUUUAUCUUUAUCCCACUCCAUCCGAUGCUUCGCCUCUCGCCUCCGCUCCGACCCUGACGGCCGCUCAAGCCAAGGCUGUCUUAUCGCAUCAUCUGGGUGAAGCCAUCGGAGACUUUGAGGAGAUCCCUUCUGAUGAAGGGUUAUGGAGUCACUUGUUGCAUAUGUGGAGUGGGGACCAUCGAGGUCAUGGACUAAGUCAAGCGAGCGGGAGUGGGAGGACAAAGGCCAAAGUGGUGAUCAUCGAAGGGGGUGUCACAGCUCAGGAUGUCUUGCCCACAUCACUACCCACCUCUCCUUCCUUCUACCUCGAGGAUGGGUCAUCCACCUCCUCCUUACUCGCUCCAUACCUUCGUAGCGCAUCCAACCUACUUGAUCACAUUUUGGAGUCUCUGCCCGAAUGGACGAAGAGUUCUAAAGACACGUUUGAGCUGGCGGGAACGCGCGCCGCCACUGCUCUCGGGCACGAGCUCGAGUGUCUCACCGCCAUGGCUGAUUCAAUCCCGUGGCUGGACUCUGUCAAGCAUUCGUCCACCUGGGAGGCAAUCUCCAUCCAUGGUCUGAGUCAUGUGAACAAGCAGGAUGAAGUAUGGGAAGAAGGCAGGAAAGGCGUUCAGGCGGGAUUGGCCGCGAUGACUACUCCGGACUCUCCUCCUCUGCUCCUCAUUAUCCGGCCAUCAACCUCUCCUCGGCUCUACGCUCGAGCCUUGCCUCCAAUCCUCAAAGCCCGUCAAGAGGCUGGCAAUACGACAAUGUCAUGCUACGCCUCAGAGGAUGACUGCAAAUCAGCCACAUCAUGUAACGGGCGAGGAUCUUGUGCUUUGCAAUCAAAGACCGACAACGGAGAGUGCUGGGGAUGCAAAUGCUCAAGCGGAUAUGCGGGCACGACCUGUCAAAAGAACGAUUACUCCACCCCCUUCAUCCUCAUCGUCUUCUCCACCCUUCUCUUAUCAAUCCUUGCGAUCGGAAGCGUCGCAUUGUUGUACACUGUAGGAGAAACCAAACUUCCUUCCACUUUGAAUUUGGCUGUUGGGGGAUCGAUAAAACGGGACUAG